AUGUUUGGUGAUAUACAGAUGUCUUCUUCAUCUGAAAGUGAUGUUGAUGACAGCUCUUCAGAAGAGGAUGAAAUGUUUGAUGUGAGGGUCAUGCAACUGAUGAGACAGAAUCAAACAAAUAUUUGUCUUACAGCAAACCUCAUGUGCAAUUAUUUCUUUACCUACUUUGACAAGAAUGAGCCAAGGACUUCACAACUGCUUGGAUUUGGUUGGGUGAUAGAAACAUUGGUGACUCCAGGAGAAAGUCAUAGGAUGUUUAGAAUGGAUGCAUCUCUAUUUUAUCAGCUACAUGACAUUUUGGUUAAUGAGUAUGGACUAACCUCUUCUAUGCAUAUGAACUCGAUGGAAUCAUUAGCUAUAUUUCUUGUUACAUGUGGACAUUCUUGGUCAAACACUGCUCUUCAGAAUAAAUUCAAACAUUCUGGGGAAACAAUUAGUAGAAAAUUUAUGCAAGUUCUCUGUUGUGUGGUGGGCAUGUCCAACCAAUAUAUAAGGCCUAAAGAUCCAAACUUUCGUAAUGUGCACAGUAGGAUAAGAAAUGAUCCAAGGAUGUGGCCACACUUUAAAGAUUGCAUUGGAGCCAUUGAUGGGACUCAUAUUUGUGCAAAUCCACCUCCACAAGAUUUUCUUAGGUACCUAGGAAGAUCUGGUAAAGCAACACAAAAUGUGAUGGCAGUUGUUGAUUUUGAUAUGCGUUUCACCUUUGCCUCUAUUGGUCAACCUGGUUCCAUGCAUGAUACAAGUGUUCUCUAUAAUGCUCUACAAAUAGAUGAAGAUAUCUUCCCACAUCCACCUCUGGGGAAAUAUUAUGUUGUUGAUGCUGGAUAUCCGAAUAGACCUGGAUACUUAUCACCAUAUAAAGGUCAAAGGUACCAUGUUCCAGAGUGGAGAAGAGGCCCAGCUCCUAGUGGCGAGCAAGAGAUGUUCAACCAUUUGCACUCAAGUCUUCGCAAUGUUGUUGAGCGUGUAUUUGGUGUAUGGAAGAUGAAAUGGAGAAUUCUUCUCAACAUGCCAAAAUAUCCAAUGGUAAAGCAAAAGAUGAUUGUUGCAGCUACCAUGUGUCUCCACAACUUUAUUCGUCAACAUCAUGCACUUGACAAGGAUUUUGAGAGAUGUGACCGAGACCAAGAUUAUGUGCCCACUAUACCAGCAAGGUAUAGGAACCAAGUCCUUUCUCAAAGUUCAUCGGAUACCACAUCACAUGCUAAUGACAGGACAAUGGACAGAUUCCGUGAUGAUCUUGCUCUUGCUAUUAGUUCAUCUAGGGCAUAAGCUUAAGGAUAUUUGGAUUUUAUUUUAGCCUCCUUUUGGGCAUGUGGUUGUAUUUGUUGGACCUUAAUGAACAAUAAUGGAUGCAUCCUGUCCCGUUGUUC